AUGGCGGAUUUAUGGAAACCAGGGAAGGGAAUGUAUGUCAAUAUCAUUGAACAAAAUAGAUUUCUCUUUCAAUUCUUUCAUGAGAUUGAUAUUCAAAGAGUUCUAACGGUAAGCCCAUGGACGUAUGAUCGAAAGCAAUUAAUUCUUGAGCGAUUACAAAGGGGUGAUAAUCCUAGGACAAUUGCACUAAACAAACUUGAUAUAUGGGUACAAAUUCAUGACCGCCAAUCCGAAUUUAAGACGGAUAGAGCAAUACAACAAGCAGGGAAUUAUAUGGGCGUGUUUCUUGAAUCGGAUCUGAAAAAUUUCCAAGGCGUUUGGCGUGAGUACUUACGAGUUAGAGUCUAUCUAAAUGUUGAUGUUCCCCUCAAGAGGCGUAUGAAAUUUUGUAAGAAAGGUGGUGAGGCAUUUUAUGCAAACUUCAAGUAUGAAAAACUUCCAACCUUUUGUUUUAUUUGUGGUAUAAUGGGUCACUCAAGAUGCUUUUAUAGUAAGUUAUACGACAUUCCGUUGAAAGAAAUAGAGAAGCCUUACAGUAUAGCAAUGCGAGCCCCAACGAGAAAACAAAACUUCAUAACACCCUCUCCAUGGCUGCGAUCAAGCACAACCGAAGCAACAUCAUAUUCCGUCGACAAGAAUUCUGCUCCGACGACUUUUACUCCAGCACCAUCAAGUAAGGUUGAUUUGGUGGGAUCUCGACAACUGCAAAAUAAUACCCGCGGCAUUCAUGGCAAGAUUGUAUCAUCAUCCCAAGAUUCAAGGAAUGUUGGUCAAAGGAUGGUUAAUGCCAACAAUGAUCCUACUUUUAUUGUGAUUGACAAUCAAUCCAUGUUUACCUCUAACGUGGAUAUGGACUUGGUGGAGUUGAAAAGGAAAAGAAUAGAAAAUGACUCAUACAAAGCUAAUAAUGUGGCUAUAUCUAAGGAAGUGGACCAUGAUGAUGAGCCCAAUAAUGUUCUUAAUGAAGAUAGUAUCGGUCUUUCAAAAAAUGGGAGUUCGGUGGGCCUGGAAACCCAGGCCCACCAAACAUUAUGA